UGCGGCUCCCGAGCCAUUUGUGGCUCUUUCACCUCUGUGCUGCGGCUCCCUGUGGCUUUGGGAAAUAAUUGGUCAGUAUUUAAUUAAAAUGUAUUUUAUGUUAGUUUGUUAGCUUUUGAAAUGUAAUUCUAAAUUUGAAGAUUAUGGUGAUCUUGUACAAUCUAAGUGUGGCGACACAUUUCCUCACAAUUAGCCAGCAUUCCGGCUAAGGGAGAUAGCCUACGGGGGUUUGUGAGUACGCGUCUUUUGCAGCAUCUGCGUCCAUGGGGGCUGGGUUGAGGGAGGCUUAAAAGCAAGGCUGUUUAGUUCGAAUAAAGUUAUUCGACUGCAGUUUACUGACUGCGUGAGCACACCGCUGCAACGUGUUUUUAUCGCUAUUAAUAUACGUCACCACUGCCAAUACCUGACACCCGCCAGUGCGCGAUUUCUUUAAUUUUUCGAUCCAAGGUAAGCCAACUAUGGAGAAUUCUAAAAAAAGAAAAGUGACUGAAGAAAACAGAACGUUUAAUGAUACGUGGACAGAUUCAUUUGCUUUCACUGUUGACGAGACUGGUUUACCGGUAUGCUUAAUAUGCAAUGAGAAACUAGCAAACAACAAAAAGUCAAAUGUCGCAAGGCAUUUCCAGAAUAAACACGCAGUCUUUGCUCAAAAAUAUCCGGAUGGAGAUGAGAGAAAAAAAGCCGUUUCGGAACUGAUGCGGAAGGUUGAUCUGAGCAAAAAUCAUUUCCAGAAAUGGAUGAAGUCUGGAAAAUUAACGACAUACGCCAGUUAUAUUGCCGCUCAGGAAAUAGUCAGGCACGGGAAGCAGUUUACAGAUGGUGAAUAUAUAAAAGAAUCUUUCAUUAAGAUUUCAGAACAUCUAUUCACGGACUUUAAAAACAAGAGUGAAAUUGUGCAGAAAAUCAGGGAUAUGCCCCUCUCUGCAAAGACUGUCAAAGACAGAACCAUAAAAAUGGCAGAAGACAUCACAAGACAGCAAAUUAAAGACAUCAAUUCAGCUGUGGCCUACUCGAUUGCCUGUGACGAGUCUAAAGACAAAGGUGAUAUUGAACAAAUAGUGUUGUUCUGCCGGUAUGUAAACUCUGCCGGGCCACAGGAAGAACUGAUUGAGUUGAUACCUCUAAAAGACCAAACACGGGGGGAGGACAUCUGUGAGGCUGUCUUGAAUUGUUUAAGAGCCAAAGGAAUAAAGACCACCCAUCUGGUAUCAGUAGCUACUGAUGGGGGCACCGAAUAUGAUGGGAACGCACAAGGGAAUUGUGGCUUUACUGCAGAAGUCGCUGGACAGAAAGCUGCUGACUUUUCACUGCAUCUUGCACCAAGAGGCACUGUGCGCUCAAACAUUUCCUCCGGAAUGCACAGAAGUAAUGGAUGUUGUCAUUCAGAUUGUCAAUAAAAUAAUGGCAAAAAGUUUAAAUCACCGUCAAUUCCGUUUGUUACUGGACGAGCUGGAAAUUGCAUAUUCUGAUCUCCUGCUGCACAACAAAGUCCGGUGGCUGUCCUAAGGGGAGGUGCUGAAACGCUUUGUCGCGUGUCUGGAAGAAGUGAAAACUUUCCUGGGCAGCAAAGGGCUCAACUUUCCUGAGCUGGAACAGCCAGAGUGGCUGGAAAAGCUACACUUCAUGGUAGACAUGACAGCGCACCUGAACACGCUGAACACAGCUCUUCAACGGGGUAAGGACGUACAGCCCUGCACAUGUUGGAGGAUGUUUUGGCAUUCGAGCGCAAGUUGACGUUGCUUGCCAGAGAUUUACAGAAAGGCACAUUGUCUCACUUCCCCAAUUUGAGAGAGUUCAAACAAGGUCACGACAUGAUAAAUUCGGAGUAUUUACAUUCUGCAAUCAUCGCAAUGCAAACAUCGUUUGGGAAACGCUUCUGUGAGUUCAGAGAGGAAAAAAACACAUUAUCCUUCCCGGUCACUCCCCUAAGCAUCGAUCCAUCCCUACUAAAUACGACUGCAUUGUCAGGUUGACAGCUGGCUGACGUUAUUUUUGGUUUGCUGCUGGCGGCAAAUUUAAGUUUGGCGUUUUUCAUAAAUACAAGGAGGACUCAAAUAGACGUUGAGUAUUUUACUUAAAAGUAACCUUCAACCCAACGUCUUUUUUUCGGAGGUCAAAAUGUUUUUGUUGCAUGCAGAAAUGUAAUUUCGUUUUCUCUGCAGGAGUUCAUCAAUUUCAUAAAUGCAACACAUUAUAGUUUGUUUAUACAUAGCAUAAAGGCAAAACAAAACGUAUGCAGUGUUAUUUCAUUUUAAAUGUCAAACGGGUUUUGCGGCU